CCGGAAGUAGUGAACGUCACACGACGCGCCGGAAGUUCAGACAGACGCGUGGUUCCUAUGUUAGUUGUGGGUUGCCUGUAAACUCCCGUCUUCAAAAUGUCUGCAUCUUUUAGGAAAGCGUUGAAGUCCCGGCAGAAGAACCAUAGGGAGAGGUCACAGCCGGGCUUCCGUAAAAAUCUAGGGCUUCUGGAGAAGAAGAAAGACUACAAGCUCCGUGCUGAAGACUAUCGGAAGAAGAAAAAGACACUCGAUGCCUUGCGGAAGAAAGCCCUUGAAAAGAAUCCAGAUGAAUUCUACUUUAAAAUGACCUCCACUAAACUGCAGGAUGGAGUCCAUGUGAUAAAGCAGAAGCCAGAAGAAGUCACAGAUGAGCAGCUUAAAAUAAUGAGGACGCAGGACAUCAAGUAUGUGGAAAUGAAGAGAGUAGCGGAGGCUAAGAAAAUUGAACGCCUCAAGUCCGAGCUCCAUCUGCUGGAUGUUGAAGGAAAGCCUAAGAACAAGCAUACUUUCUUCUGUGACACCAAGAGAGAAGUACGCAACUUUGACCUAUCAGAACGAUUGAACACUGUUCCAGAGUUGGUUGACAGAGUAUACAACAGACCUACCUUAGAAACGUUACACAAUCAGACAAUAAAGGGGCCCACAAAAAUGAAGGAGUUAAAAAAACUGGCUAAACAAAGGCGGCAACAGUAUGAGAUUCUGAAUCAAAGGAUAGAAAGAGAAAGGAAAAUGUUUGUCAUAACUCAGAAAAUCCAGGCACGCAAAGAUCUUCAGGAUAAAAGAAAAAAAGUGAAAGUGAAGAAAGAAACCGUGAAUUCUGCAGCUGUUUAUAAAUUUAAAAAACAGAGAAAGAGAUGAGAUAUGCUUGACAAGCCUGAACAUUACUUCACCCCACCCCCCUAAAUUCUAGUAAUAUUAAAGCUGUGGCUGUAUAUUUUGUAUUCUCUAUUUUCAUUUUUUUUAUUUUGUGUGUCCCAUUGCAGUUUGCUUUCUUAUAACUGGAUAUAAUCCUGACCACUUAUUUUUAUUACAGUAGUUUUUUUUUUUAUUUUAAUAACUUUUUUUUAAUGCUCCUUUCUUUAUUCUAAACUAGGAAUGCACCAAACAGGUCUAAGGCUAGGUUCACAUUGCAGAAUUUCUGCCGGAGAUUGAGCCGGCGGCGCUAGGACCGAGCAGACUGCAUUGCUGCCCCCA